CACUGGGCGAGAGUCUUUCUGUGAGCAGCAGUGGAGAUGCUGGAUUCACAAGGUCCGCCAUUAUUGGGAAGCCGGAAAAAAAGCGAAGGGAGUGAGGGGCAGAGGGAUAGACACAGCGUCACACAUUUUCUCCUGCGAACGGCUCGACAUCAGAAAGGAGAUCUCGGGGCUUCCUCGCGAGCCUCCGCACGCGGAAAGCACCGUUCCGCUGAAUUACGGACACGUUUGGGAGCGACUUUCCUGCCGACUGUUUGGGACUCGACAGAAGCGAAUGAGAAUCGGUCAAAACAACGUGGUGGCGAGCCAAGAAGGGAAAACACACCGAAACAGCGCUCUGCUACGCCUCCCCCUUUCCCCCUUUUCGUAAUACGUUUGCAGUCGUUGUUUAAAAAAGGAGUUUUCGGGGCAUUUUUUUUCUUCGCUGCUAAUUAGCAAAUAUUAGUUUAUUUCUCUCUUAAUAGUUGAAGAGAAACGACUAUCCUUCAGUUGUCCAGAAACUUCCGGCACAUUUCAUGUGGGGAGCAGACAGCGUGUUUACCAGACCAACUGAAAAUAAUCGAUGUGAGUUUUUGGGAAGCUUUUUUUUCCUCGUCUGUUUUUGAAGUCUUUUCCCGGCUGCUGUGGAGCACGGAUGAAGAACCGAAGCGCGAGACCGGAAUGAUUUUGGGCCAGACCCCCGUCCAGUGAGCUGCCCUUGCAUGGAAACCCUGCUUCCUUGGAAUUUUCUUUCUCUGCAUAAAGUAAAGCACCAGCAUGUCAGGAUGAGUCUCCAUCAACGAUGAUGAUGGCCAAAAAACAAGAUGCCCGGGCACCUACCUACAACUUGGUUGUGGUUGGGCUGUCUGGCACUGAGAAAGAGAAAGGCCAAUGUGGUGUUGGCAAGUCCUGCCUGUGUAACCGUUUUGUACGGCCGAGUGCAGAUGACUUCUACCUGGACCAUACUUCUGUGUUAAGCACCAGUGACUUUGGCGGCCGCGUGGUUAACAAUGACCACUUCUUGUUUUGGGGAGAAGCAAGCAGGACAUUGGAGGAGGGGCUAGAAUGCCGCAUGAAUGUGGUGGAGCAGACAGAGUUUAUCGAUGAUCAGACAUUCCAGCCUCACCGUAGCACAGCUCUCCAGCCUUACAUCAAAAGAGCAGCUUCUAACAAGCUGGCUUCAGCUGAAAAACUGAUGUAUUUCUGUACUGAUCAGCUAGGGCUGGAGCAGGACUUUGAACAAAAGCAGAUGCCUGAAGGCAAGCUUAUGGUGGACGGUUUCUUACUUUGUGUGGAUGUUAGUAGAGGUAUGAACCGUAGCUUUGAGGAUCAAAUGAAGUUUGUUGGCAAUCUAUAUACUCAACUUGCCAAAACCAAGAAACCUGUGGUUAUGGUUCUCACCAAAUGUGAUGAAGGAGUUGAACGCUAUAUUAAAGACGCUCACACUUUAGCCCUCGCAAAGAAGAACCUACAGGUGGUAGAAACAUCAGCACGCUCUAAUUUGAAUGUUGAUUUAGCCUUUCUCACACUGGUUCAGCUAAUAGACAAGAGUAAAGGAAAACCCAAGAUUAUCACUUACUUUGAGGCACUAAAACAGCAAAGUCAGCAGAUUGCCACAGCCAAAGAUCGCUAUGAGUUGCUUGUCAACCGACUUGUAAAGAGCCACAAUGAGACUUGGCCUUCUGUCAGCAGCCGAAUGCAAACAGCCUUGGAGUACAAGGAAUAUGUUUUUCUCGAGGGAACAUCUAAAGCCAAGAAGCUAUUCCAACAGCAUGUGCAUAGACUGAAACUAGACCAUAUAGAGAUGCGCAGAAAGCACUACCUAAGUACUCUACCACAAGCCCUGUCGGCACUGUUGCCCGAGUUGGAUGAGAUUGACCACUUGAGUUGGUCUGGGGUUCAGAAAGUUCUGGAAACAAAAAAAAACUUCUUUCAGUGGUUUGUAGUGCUAGAUGAUACACCAUGGGAGAUCACUGCACACAUUGAUAACAUGGAUGAUAAUCGAAUUCCUCAGGACCUCUUGGAGACCCCAGCAGCUCAAACUAUCUAUGAGACACACUUGGAACAACUAAGAAAUGAGCGCAAACGAGCUGAGAUGAGAUGGGAGUUCAAGGAAAAGCUAAGUGUCUCUCCUUUCAUUACACCAGGGAAGCCAUGGGAGGAGGCACGAAGUUUCAUCAUGAAUGAAGAGUUCUACCAGUGGCUUACUGAAAAUGAAUAUUUGGAUAUCUACAACAAACACCAGAAGGAAAUCAUAGAUAGGGCAAAAGAAGACUUUCAGGAAUUGCUUCUUGAAUACUCUGAGCUCUUUUAUGAGUUAGAAGUGGAUGCAAAACCAAGUAAGGAAAAAAUGGAAGCCAUCCAGUCUGUGUUGUGUGAUGAGCAGAGAUUUAAAGCCCUCCAGAAGCUUCAAGCAGAAAGGGAUGCCUUGGUACUAAAGCACAUCCACUUUGUGUAUCAUCCGACAAAAGAUACCUGUCCAAACAGUCCUCAUUGUGUGGACAGUAAGAUAGAGCAGAUAUUAGCCUCCAGAUUCCCCACUCGCUACCCAUCAUCAGAUAGUGUAAGACUAGAUGGUGGGAGGACAGAGCGGAUCAAUCUUGUCAUUCUGGGGAAAGAUGGGCUAGCCAGAGACAUGGCAAAUGAAAUUAGGGCUCUGUGCAAAAGUGAUGACCGAUACAUCAUAGAUGGCAUUAAGUACGAGUUAGUCUUUCGACCUAUUGAAGGCAAUGUGCGCUUUCCAGUCAAUUCUUUCAGCGUUCCCACCUUCACGCCUCAUGGCUGCCUUUGUUUGUACAAUUCAAAGGAAUCUCUGUCUUAUGUUGUUGAGAGCUUAGAGAAGCUCAGAGAGUCAACUAUAAACAGAAGGGAAAAAGAAAACAGUUUAUCUCAACUCCCACUGCAUCUCCUUCUGGUUACCAAUCGGGGGGUGAGCUCCAUAGGAGACAUUGGGGGAGAAACAGCUCAAAGUCUUAUACAACAAGGGCAACAGGUAGCUGCAAAGCUUCAGUGUGUAUACCUAGACCCUGCCUCUCCUGGCAUGGGGAAUGGUCGCAAUGUCAGUGAGAGGCAGAUUAGCCAGAUGCUGCGGACUCUCAUUGAAAUGAGGAGAAACACAAGGAGUAGCUCCCCUCUGUUACCUCCUCCAUCAUCUGCCUUGAGAGACUCUCAGUCCCAGCCAACUGCCGAGACAGAUCCAAGAGUUGUCAUGUGCUUGAUGUGUGGAGACACAUAUGAUCUUGACCAACUCCUUGCUCCCUUCCUUUUGCCCCAACACUGUCGUCCCAUGUCCAGUCUGAGCAGUGGCACAUCUAUUUUUCUUGAUCUCAACAUAGGAGGCCAGAGGCAGAACGUAGAGCUGUCACUGUUGUCAUUCCAUUCCUCAUUCUCCCUUCGCAAAACAGGACUGGUCCAUGGGUUCAUUGUCGUUUACUCUGCUCGUCGCAAGGCCUCUAUGGAGACGUUGUGCGCUUUUCUCUGUGAGGUUCAAGACAUCAUCCCAGUACAGUUGUUGGCAGUCGCAGAGAGUCAAAUGGAGUUGACAGACUCUGAAUCAGCCAGGGAGCAAGUAAGUCAGGGAGAGGAGCUUGCAUAUGAGAUAGAUGCCAGGUUUAACACAGUGAUAUGUGGACAUGGUGGUGUAGUAGGGGGGCUUCAUAAGAUAGACCUUUUCCAAAACUUCUUCAAAGAAGUGCUAGAGAAGCGCACUAUUGUUGAGGCCACGCAUAUGUAUGACAAUGCAGCUGAGUCAUUUAACAAUGAGAGCAUCAGCCCUCGCUGUAGCUCACCCAGUCCAGUUAACAUUCAUAUAGACUCUGAAGAUGACAUUGAUCCAUCACCACCCUAUCUUCCACUAAGGGAGGAUGGCAGCCUCAGCUCCCAUCUAGCAAGCUUUAAGAUGCCUGAUCAUGAUUCAAACUACACCUUCUCUGUUAUUUCUGACCUCAGUACCUUUGAGAACAAACUUAACAGCAAGGCUCCUCCACAAGUAAAGCCCAAGCCUGUCCGUAAGGUCAACCUCAGUCCCUUAAUGGAGCAGCAAGGAGGCAACCGACGUACAAUGUCCCAAGCUGUCACUGGGGCUCCAGGUACCGACGGUGGCUAUGAUCCUUCAGACUAUGCAGAGCCUAUGGAUGCUGUGAACAAACCUCGAACAGCAGAGGAAGAGAAUAUUUACUCUGUCCCUCAUGACAACACACAGGGCAAGAUUAUCACAGUUCGCAAUGCCAAAGGCCACACAAAUGGAAGUGUUGGAGGCAAUGGAUCAGACAGUGAUGUGGACACCAGCUCUCUGGAGCGCAGGAGAAAUUUACCUGCCUUUGGGGUAAAACCGAAGCUGUACCGAGACAGAUCUAAGCGACUUGGGAAGUUCAGCAGUUUUAGGGCAAGCUUCUCUAUCGGAAGUGAUGAUGAGAUGGGAAGUCAACCCAAGAUCAGCCAGGAUGAAGGGGGAGCUCAGAAGGACAACUCCAUUGAAGAAAGUGAGGAUCCCAAGAGGAGAAAUAUUCUCAUGAGCCUUCGACGAAAUCCAAAGAAACCAACGCGAUCAAAACCUAGGCAUUCCAUCUCAAAACCUAUUGAGAGCAAUUACUUUGGCGUGCCACUGACCUCUGUGGUCACACCUGAGAGACCGAUCCCAGUCUUCAUUGAGAAGUGCGUCCGCUUCAUCGAGACAACAGGGCUGACCACGGAGGGCAUCUACAGGGUCAGCGGCAACAAGGCAGAAAUGGAGAGCUUGCAGCGACAAUUUGACCAAGACCACAAUCUGGACCUGGUGGAGAAAGACUACGCCAUCAACACUGUUGCAGGGGCGAUGAAGGCCUUCUUCUCCGAGCUCCCUCAGCCUCUGGUGCCCUACAAUCUGCAGGCAGAUCUGGUGGAGGCUUUCAAGAUCAAUGAUAGGGAGCAGCGCUUUCAGACCAUGAGGAAUAUUCUGUGGAACUUCCCCAGGGAGAACUACGAGCUCUUCAAAUAUGUCAUCAGCCACUUGAACAAGGUCAGCCAGCACAGCAGGACCAACUUGAUGACCAGCGAGAACUUGUCCAUCUGCUUCUGGCCCACACUCAUGAGGCCGGAUUUCACCACCAUGGACGCCCUGACUGCCACCCGCACCUACCAGACAAUCAUCGAGGGCUUCAUCAGCCAGUGUGCAUUCUUCUUCUACAAUCAGCCCCUUGCUGACGCUCUUCCCGGCUCCCCCUCCUCCACCCUGUCUGGGGGUGGGACCUCAGCCUAUUCCUGCAUGUCAGGAGGCAUCUCAUCUUCACCGGCUCUGUCCCAAGCGCCAUAUGUUCGGCCCUCCACCCCCCCAGUGAUUCCCCACUAUGGUCCACCUCAGCAUCACCAUCACCACCAUCAUCACCACCACCAUCAUCAUCAGCACCAGUCCCCGUCCCAUUCCCCCCCUGCUACUCCCCAGUCCCCAAUCCCAACCCUGCUACCAGCAUCUUUGCACCACCAUCACCCCCCAACAGAACAACACACACUGUGAACCAGGGAUCAAGGAAAGCAGAGAAGGGGCGGGGCCAUGCUGUCAGAUGAUGUAGUUUAAACAGAACUGAGGAAGAAUUCAAAUCUGAAGUGGUGAGAAGUGAAGUCGAGUUUGGGGAAGAUGCAGUAUGUACAGUACGGCUCAUGUUUGAGCGAAGACGGGGCAUUCUUUAGGGGCUUUCACAAAACAUGGGCGUGUAUCUCAGACCAAGAGAGAAGACUUUGAAGAACCCACAACUUUAGACUUUGUUCCAGAGCCUCACUUCAUCCGCACCCUUUUGCCUCUUAGUUCAAUCAACACACAAACACUAACGGAGGAGAGAGGCCUCACCAGUAGCUGUUAAAGGGACUCGAGGAGAACUUUCAGAAUAAAAUAUCUAGGGAAUGUGAACUCUAUACGGGACUGCUUCAGCUCACAAACGGACCGAGUGGACAUUAACCUCCAGCGGCCGCUUCGCCUUUCAACACUUUGGAGGGGCUGCGGUUGGGAAUGAAGUGGAUCAAAGAGCGCGUCUUGAACACAUUUAUUUUGUUUUUUUUUUUCCACCAAUGUACAGAAAACUCGUUCAAGAAACUCGUGUCACUACUCACCCAACAGGAUCUUCUGUACAAACAGCUAACACAAUCUCGUUUGUUAGUCCUUUAUACACAGGAAAUAUCCACUUUUGUCAUGCAACUUAGCCAAGCACAGAACGAAAAGAAGAAAAAAAAAACACUUGAAUUGACCUUAUCUGCAGGGCAGCAAAUUGAAGAAAGACUACAGGAGCUUUGGAUCCUCUUCCCCGUCGUGUAAACUUCACUGUGUCCUUCGUAAACACUUAAAGCAAAACAAAAAUGUGAAUUUUUAACUCAAUUGAAUUCUUCAUCCACCACUUCCCCACUGUGCCGCUGUGUUUUUAUUCUUUUUUGUUCCUUUUCUUAGACUGUUUUGGGCCUUUCUGUCAGUGAGUGUGCAAUUUCCUGGUGUGUGCGCACACCUGCAUCCACACUUUUUGUUUAAUCGGAGUUUUCCUGUGUUGGAUAGAUAGUGGGGAUAAUUCUAGUGUUGGAUGAUUACCUGCCAUGUUUCUUUAUUUCAUGCUGUGCCGGUUUUACAAGUGGAGCUGUGGUUAUUUUUUUUGUCGCAGUGAGAGGACCCUGUUCACAAAAGCACUUUUCUGAGCACUUUGAGGGCACAUUUUAAAUUGGAUCUGUCAUGAACGUGAAAAGCUGCUUUGACAGCUCGGCUUUUCUCUCGGAGUCCACCACUGACAUCUGCAGGAGGAAAUGGGAAUGACUUUGAUUUCUGCAUGGGCGUAGCACACUGAAGGCUGCAGCCGUGAAGGCUAUUUGGACUUGUGCAAAAGGUGGAAUGGGCAAAAGCACCAAUCAGAGGAAGUUUUUCCACAUCAGUUGUUUAGUUGCAAAGAACAUCUCUCACUGUCUUUAGUUCCAAAUUCUUACUUUCUAAUGAAAAUCAAAUGUGUAUUUGGUGUAUUCCAGUCACAGAAAAAAAAUCACAUUUAUAGAGAUAAUUUGUUCAUUAUUGGAAUCUACAAGGAGUGCUGGAAGGCAUUUUACCUUUGGGAAAAACAGGUAGCCACUAUGAAUCAUGAAUGGAGUCUGGACCGACAGAAAAUGACGCACAAAAGUCUCUCCCUCCGACCCUCCCUCUCAGUCAUUUCCUGUCCAAAAGAGACAGUCGGGUCAGAGAGAGGCAGCAAAGAGAACAGACAGUCCAUUCAUCCAUCUGCAUGACUGGAGCGAAGCAUCGCGGAAUUCCUCGGCCCGUCCUGCUGUUGCCGUAGAAACCAGAGGAUGCGGCUGAAGGAGGACCGCGAAGCCAGAUAGAAGCAAGUUUGUGUGUUUGCUGCAUGUGUCUCCGGGUCUUGUGAGCUUGAUGGAGAGCUGUGCACGUGAGCAUGUGUAGAUGUGCAGCAGGUGUCCCCCCAAACCCCCCCACCUCCAUUUCAACUCUGAGGCCAAAUUGUCCAAAAGAAUGAAAAUUCAACUGAUUAAUAAAGAUGUUGUCAGUCAUCCCUUUUUUGUUGUUUUUCCCGGCUCAUUUGUGUAUUUGUGAGCUAACACAGUAUCAGGAUGUAUUUGAAAUCUGUCCAGAUAGUAGUUAUCCCAAACAAACAGCUAACAUUUAAGGGAGGAACCAGCUGUCCCGGUCAUUACACUCUUGUGCAUCUGUUGGCUCAACCAGAUCACACACACUGAUACUCAGAAAGUGUGUGUGUGUGUGUUAGGGGGGGUGAAUGGGAUCAUUAUUUGGGGGACAGAGAGGAAGGAGGGGUAACCACUGGUACUUGUAUGAACGCUGGCCAGUGUACGAGUGUGCUGACACUGACCUGACUGUGAGGCAGCCAAAGACUGUGGAGAAAUGCACUGAGGGGGGUGAGGGGGGGUGGGGGGUGAAAAGGCAAAAUGUAACUUAAAAGAAAAAAAAAGUUUAUUUUACAAAUGUGACUUUGGUUCAUUGGCUGCAACACUUCUGUUUUGUUUUUUCUUUGCAAUGAUGGAUGUCUGUUCAUUUAAAUGAGAAAAAGUUGGUUUAUCAGACAUGGGGGGUCGAACACACUUCACCCUUUAGUCAGUGGUGAUUGAAAUCUCAUUUUUUUAUGUGUUAUCUUAAUUAUAAAAAGAAUUCACAUUUUAAAAAAUCUUUUUGUGAACAAAUGAGAGAAUGGCCCAGUAUAGUGCAUGAUUUCUUCUUGAAUAAAGGAAGAGGGCUCCAACACUCUCACUAUUUAAGAGCUUCUAAAAAAAAUACAUAAAUAAGUGGGGGUGAAAAAAUGAAGUACUGUAAAGUAAAAAAAAAAAAAAAACAGUUCUUCAACGUGUAUGAUAAUUUGUCUCAAUGGAAAUGGUGUAUACAGCAAGGCCUUAUGUGAUCUGUAUCAUAGUUAAUAAAUCAAAUCUUGUAAAUGGC